AUGUAUUAAAUUAAAUACAAAGAGAAAGUAUUAUCAUAAUCUGGAAAGUAAAUCCCUUAUCAUGGCAAGAUAGGAUUGAUAUUAUUGCUAUUAUGGAAAAAAUUAUAAAAUAUAUAGACAUGUAAACAAUAGUAUCAUAUCAUUUAAAGUAUUGAAGAGAAAAAAUGAUUGCUAUCGAAGCAAGAAAAUUCUUAUUGAAAUUGAAUUUAGAAGUCACAAAAUUAGAUAUUAAUAAGCUGGAAUUAGAAUAUAGGUUUUAACAUGA